CUGGAUCACUUGAACGUGGAUGGGAUCGUCUUGUGUCAGAUGAAAUACGUGGCUUCGGCUUUUUCUGGGGAGCUGGCAUGAUUUGUUAAAUUUCGGAUGACACGCUGUAAAAAUGGAGGAAGAGUACGGCGUCUGAGCUGAAUUGGCUAUAUGGCUAGCUAGCGACCAUAAAAUAUCACAUAAGUCGAGCGGAGGCAGGCGAAAGCUGAACUUGUUAACGUUGGCUUUGCGCCGAACUAGUAAAGACCACGGUGUGGCUAGCUAAUUUAGUACGUUAGCAAUACCAAACAAUUUAGAAAAAUCAAAACCAUCACCUGACUUUAGAGGUUGUGAUGGAGUGCCCUCACCUAAACUCCAGUGUAUGUCUCACCGUGGAUUCAUCCAGGUUCCCAAACGGUUCUCCGUCUUCCUGGUGUUGCAGCGUUUGCCGGUCAAACAAAAGCCCAUGGGUGUGUCUUACCUGUUUGAAUGUGCAUUGUGGAAGGUAUGUGAAUGGCCAUGCAAAGAAGCACUUUGAGGACACCCAGAGCCCUGGCGGCAGUCAGAGGAGAUGCGACAAGCAGGAGAAGGAGAGGACCCAGCACUCGGUGUGCAUGGACUGCAGCAGCUACAGCACGUACUGCUACAGGUGUGAUGACUUUGUUGUGAAUGACAGCAAGCUGGGCCUGGUACAGAAGGUGAGGGAACAUCUUCAGAGCUUGGAAAACUCUGUCUUUUCUGUCGAUCGGCAGAGGAAACGAAAGCUGCUGGAAAGCUCAUCUCACAACAGUAAGCUGCUAAAAGACAGUGGCGGGGCCCCUGCUCUCUGUGCCACAGGCCUUCGGAACCUGGGCAACACGUGCUUCAUGAAUGCCAUCCUGCAGUCCCUCAGCAACAUUCAACAGUUCAGCUGCUAUUUCAAGGAGAUGCCUGCAGUGGAGCUACGCAGCGGGAAAACGGCAGGCAGGAGAAUGUACCACACGAGGAGCCAGGGGGACACCAGUGUCUCCCUGGUGGAGGAGUUCCGGAAGACUCUUUGUUCCCUGUGGCAGGGGAGCCAAACUGCCUUCAGCCCCGAGUCCCUGUUCUACGUUGUGUGGAAAAUCAUGCCAAAUUUCAGGGGCUACCAGCAGCAGGAUGCCCAUGAGUUCAUGCGCUACCUGCUGGACCACCUCCACCUGGAGCUGCAGGGGGAGCGCAACGGAAUGGCCCGCUCCAGCCUCCCCCAGGAGGGGGUCAAGCUCUCCACAGGAGGCAAAUGCUGCAUAAAUGGGACCUCCACUGUUGUCACUUCGAUAUUUGGUGGUGUGCUGCAGAACGAGGUCAACUGUUUGAUAUGUGGGACAGAAUCCAGAAAAUUUGAUCCAUUCCUUGACCUUUCUUUAGACAUUCCAAGCCAGUUCAGAAACAAGCGAACAAAGAACCAAGAGAGUGGACCAACUUGCACCUUACGUGACUGCCUGCGCAGUUUCACAGACCUGGAGGAACUUGACGAAACCGAGCUCUACGUUUGCCACAAAUGUAAAAAGAGACAGAAGUCAACAAAGAAAUUCUGGAUCCAAAAAUUGCCAAAGGUCCUAUGCUUGCACCUGAAGCGAUUCCACUGGACAGCCUACCUUCGGAAUAAAGUAGACACCUAUGUGGAGUUUCCAGUGCGAGGCCUAGACAUGAAGUGCUACUUGCUGGAGCCUGAGAACAGCGGGCCGGAGAGCUGCUUGUAUGACCUUGCUGCUGUGGUUGUGCAUCAUGGGUCUGGGGUGGGAUCGGGGCACUACACCGCCUACGCCUGUCACGAGGGCCGCUGGUUUCACUUCAACGACAGCACGGUGACGCCGACCGACGAGGACACUGUGGUCAAGGCCAAGGCCUACAUCCUCUUCUAUGUGGAGCGGCCGGCCAAGUCCGGCGGCGACCCCAAGCUUUAACAUUGCCACACGCUGAGCCCCUUUUUAUGGACGGAGCAGGACGACCGCACACCUGUACCCUGUCACUGUCAUCUUCACCUCACCCAGAUGGCUUACCUCCAUUCACCGUGCACUUUUUUUUCCCAGGUUGCUCUUGUGAAUUAUGUUUGUUCUUAUUAGUGCAAAUUUUGUUGUUUUUUUUCCCAUCAGUGAACCUAGGCAAA